AUGUCCAGCUCCGAGACUCACCAGAACCAAGCUUCGGGGGAGCAGUAUUUCCCGCCUCCUCCUCCUGGACCUCCACCACCUCAGCAGCAUCAGCAUCAGCAGCAGCAAGAUCACCAUCAACAGCCUCCCCAGACGGAACAGCAUUUCCCGCCUCCUCCUCCUGGACCUCCUCCGUCUCAGCAGCAGCAGCAGCAGCAGCAGCAACAGCCAUAUCCCCAGUUUGCGCCGCCUCCUCAGCAGCCCGAGUCGCAGUCCUACCAGCCUCAAGAUGCUCACCAGCAAGAUGCUCACCAGCAACACCAGCAACAGGAUCACCGGCCAACAGACCAGCAGCCUGGGAGUGCUCAGCCUCAACUAACGAGCCAGCAGCAUUUCCCGCCGCCUCCGCCUGGACCUCCACCAUCCCAGAACUACCAACCUCAGCAACAGCAGCAGUAUCAGCCGCCGCAAGACUUCUCACAACAACACGGUCAACAGCAGCAAUCAUACAACCCCCAGGCUCAGGUGCCACAACAGCAGACCUCCAGCUACUCCAUCCCCGCCUACAAUCCUGCGAACCCCGUCUUUGCGCCGCCCCCAUCCAACACCAACCUCAACGAACCUCCCAGUCCCGCGGCAUAUCAGCCUCAGGCAGAUGGCCAGCAGCAGUACCAGCAACACGCGCCUCCAUCUCCCCAGUACGGAUCUGGCGAUGAACAGCAGGGACACCACAAGACUGGCUGGAGCGAGCGCCUCUCUGCCCUGGGCAUGAAGGCCGCUGCGCCCAUCAACAGCAUUGCGCAUAAGCUCGGCAGCCAGAGCUUCCUCCCCGAGACGCUGGACAAGGAGUGCGAAAAGGCAGCGACGAUACUCAGGGCAUUCUGCAAAAAGGGAGUCUAUGCCGACCCUACGGCCACUUCGGUGCCCACCUCGACCGACCCCAACGCGACAGAGUCAACCGACAGAGUCAUCGACCCUACAAAGGAGAAGCCCAAGAACCGCGUCAUUGUCACGAUCCCUCCCAAGAUCAUCUCCAAGGCCGUUGGGCUUGCCAUCUUCACCACCCUCCGCGCCGGCUUCCAGAUAUCUGGCGCAACAGGGUCGGGGAUCCUCAUUGCUCGACUGCCCGACGGGAGCUGGAGUCCUCCCUCGGGCAUCCAGCUGCACUCUGUCGGCGGAGGGUUCCAGAUCGGCCUCGACAUCUACGACUGCGUCUGUGUCAUCAACAACAGGGAGGCCCUCGCCGCCUUCACCAACACUCGCGUUAGCCUGGGCAGCGAUUUAGCCGUGGUGGCUGGCCCUUAUGGUGCCGGUGCGGCUGUUGAGUUUGGCACAUCCCUGGAUGCGAGGACGGCCAGAGACGACGGCCGGCCUCCGUCGUCACAAGGGCAAGGACAAGCACAAGGGCAAGGACAGGACCAACAGUCUCAGCAGCAGCAGCAGCAAAGCUUGCAGCCACCCGAAGCGGCAGACAAGAAGAGCCACCGGCGGAGCCUCAGCGCCAGCGCAACCAAGCCCGUCUUUUCAUAUGUCAAGUCGCGGGGCUUCUAUGCCGGGAUCCGAGUUGACGGCACCGUCGUAGCCGAACGCAAGGAUGCAAACGCUGCCUUCUACGGACAAACCGUCUCCGUAGACCAAAUCCUAAAGGGCCAAGUCCCAUCCCAAGGCCCUUCAGGAAUGUGGCCGGCUGGAGCUCAGACGCUAUUCGGCGUCCUGAGGGGGGCCGAGGCUGGCGUCUUGCAAGCAUCAUCCCACGAGCAGCAGCAGCCUCCUGCGAGUCCAGGGCACCACCAGCAGCCAGCUCCUCAGGGCUACUAUCCUCAACAAGGACAAGGACAAGGACAAGGACAAGGGCCCUCAACCGAGCAACAAAGCUAUCCAUAUGUUCCUCCCCCUCCCUCGUAUGCAGACAGCGGGCCCCGUCCCAUUGAUGGUGACAUCAAGUACGCUUGA